AUGCAUGAAACACAAAGAGUAUAUGGAGAUAAGUUAGUGGAUGAAAAAGAUAUUGAAGCUUUUUUCAAAAUUCAGGCAGAUAUACUUAAGAAGAGUUUUGAAGAAAUAGAUGAAAGCAUUGUGAUGGAAAAACCAAACUUAUAUUGUCACUUUGCUCAAGGCAUUGGAGAGCCAAAAUAUAUGCCAAUUAAAGACUGGAAGACACUUACCACUCUGUUGUCAGAUGCUCUUGUCAGUUACAAUGACAUUGUUGCAGCAAUGAAUCUUGUUCUUUUUGAAGAUGCAAUGAUGCAUGUAUGUAGGAUAAAUAGAGUUCUAGAAACACCUAGGGGAAGUGCUCUCCUUGUAGGAGUUGGAGGAUCAGGUAAACAGUCUUUGUCACGACUUGCUGCUUUUAUUUCGAGUUUGGAGGUUAUCCAGAUACAACUUCGCAAGGGAUAUGGUAUAUCUGACUUGAAGAUGGAAUUUUCUGCACUUUACUUGAAAUCAGGUUUGAAAAAUGUAGGAAUCAUGUUUCUAAUGACUGAUGCUCAAGUUGCUAGUGAGCAUUUUCUUGUUCUGAUAAAUGACAUGUUGGCAUCAGGAGAGAUCCCAGAAUUAUUCUCAGAUGAUGAAAUGGAAAAUAUCAUUGCUGGUGUUAGGAAUGAGGAAUCUCUUUAUGACCCUGUUGCCGGAUUUAUGGCCUUUGUUCAUACUUCAGUCAAUAAUAUGUCACGAGUCUACCUGCAAACAGAGCGUCGUUAUAAUUAUACAACACCUAAAUCUUAUUUGGAGCAAAUCAGUUUGUACACCAAGUUGUUAAAUCAAAAGACUACUGAGUUGCAUGGGAAAGUAGAAAGAUUGGAGAAUGGACUGGAGAAACUGAAAAGCACGGCAGAACAGGUUGAUGACUUGAAAGCAAAACUUGCUAUUCAAGAAGUGGAAUUAAAACAGAAAAAUGAUGCAGCAGAUGCAUUAAUUGAAGUAGUGCAAAUAGAAACAGAAAAAGUUUGCAAAGAAAAAACUGUUGCUGAUGAAGAAGAAAAAAAAGUGAGCGUUAUUGCAGAAGAAGUAAGUAAAAAGCAAAGAGACUGUGAAGAAGAUCUUCGGAAAGCAGAACCUGCUCUUCUUGCUGCACAAGAAGCUCUCAACACUCUUAAUAAAGCCAAUUUAACUGAACUGAAGUCAUUUGGUUCUCCACCUGGAGCUGUCACAAAUGUUACUGCAGCUGUUAUGGUUCUCCUUGCCCCAGGAGGAAAAGUUCCCAAAGACCGCAGUUGGAAGGCUGCUAAGAUUGUCAUGGCAAAAGUUGAUGCAUUCUUAGAUGCACUUAUAAAUUAUGACAAGGAAAAUAUUCAUCCUGAUGUCACUAAAGCUAUCCAGCCUUAUUUAAAAAACACUGAAUUUGAACCAGAAUUUGUUCGAAGCAAAUCUGCUGCUGCUGCUGUUUAUUGUGAUGUAGAACCAAAGAGACGUGCUUUAGCCCUUGCUAAUGCAGAACUAGCUGCUGCUCAGGAUAAAUUGGAAGUUAUCAAAAGGAAAGUUGCUUCCCUGGAAGAGCAACUUGCAAAACUUACAGCAGAUUUUGAGCAAGCUACAGAAGAGAAGAUGCGCUGCCAAAAAGAGGCAGAUGCUACCAAUGCCACUAUUCAGUUGGCCAACAGACUUGUUGGAGGCUUAGCCUCCGAAAAUGUCCGAUGGGCUGAAGCUGUUGCAGAGUAUAUGAAACAAGGCAAAACUCUUCCGGGUGAUGUAUUACUUGUGACUGCGUUUAUAUCAUAUGUUGGAUGCUUCAAGAAGCAAUUUCGUUUGGACCUACUCAAUAAAUUUUGGCUACCUAAUCUCAAAUCUCUGGAUCCUCCAAUUCCAAUCACUGAAGGUUUAGACCCAUUGUCUCUUCUCACUGAUGAUGCACAAAUGGCUGUUUGGAAUAAUGAGGGGCUGCCAAGUGAUAGAAUGUCCCUAGAAAAUGCCACUAUUCUGUCCAACUCCGAUCGAUGGCCUCUUAUGAUAGACCCCCAGCUUCAAGGUGUAAAAUGGAUCAAAGAAAAAUAUGGUGAAAAAUUAAUUGUGAUUCGUUUAGGUCAAAAAGGGUUUCUGGAUACAAUUGAGAAGGCUUUAUCAUCUGGAGCAAUUAUGCUGUUUGAAAAUAUAGAAGAAAACACUGAUCCGGUUUUAGAUCCAUUAGCAAUCAAAAUUGGUGACAAAGAAGUGGAGUACAAUCCUUCCUUUAAAUUAAUUUUACACACAAAAUUAGCAAAUCCUCAUUAUAAACCUGAAAUGCAAGCUCAAACUACUCUUAUAAACUUUACUGUUACAAGAGAUGGUCUUGAAGAUCAGUUAUUGGCAGAAGUUGUUAAGGCUGAAAGACCAGAUUUAGAAGAGUUGAAGGCUGAGCUGACUAAACAACAAAAUGAUUUCAAAAUUAUGUUGAAAACGCUUGAGGAUGAUCUCCUCUCCCGGCUCUCAUCUGCUGGAGGGAACAUUCUUGGAGAUACUGCUCUUGUAGAGAAUCUGGAGACAACCAAACGAACAGCUGCUGAAGUAGAGCAGAAGGUGGCAGAAGCAAAAAUUACCUCUACUGAAAUUGACCAAGCCAGAGAAAUUUAUCGUCCUGCUGCUGCUAGAGCAUCUCUUUUAUAUUUCAUUCUAAAUGAUCUCAACACAAUUAACCCGAUCUACCAAUUUUCAUUAAAGGCAUUCAGUGUUGUUUUCCAAAAGGCUAUCGAGAAAGCUGUUCCUGCAAAUGAUGUGAAUACAAGAGUAUUAAAUUUAAUUGAUUGCAUUACUUACUCAGUUUUUACAUACACAUCAAGAGGGUUGUUCGAAUGUGACAAAUUAAUAUUUGCUACCCAAAUGACAUUUCAGAUACUAUUGACCAGUGGAGAAGUUCAACCAUCAGAAUUAGAUUUUCUUCUUCGUUUCCCAGUAAUUCCUCAUGUCAUUAGCCCAGUUGAUUUCUUGUCUAAUACUAACUGGGGAGGAGUUCGAAGUUUAUCUUCUAAAGAUGAAUGGAGAGGUCUUGAUCGUGAUAUUGAAGUUCAAGCAAAAAGAUGGAAAAAGUUUGUGGAGUCUGAUUGUCCAGAAAAAGAGAAAUUCCCACAAGAAUGGAAAAAUAAAACUGCAUUACAACGAUUAUGUAUGCUUCGUGCUUUGAGACCUGAUAGGAUGACAUAUGCUGUAUUAGCUUUUAUAGAGGAAAAUUUAGGCACAAAAUAUGUUGAGGGAAGAGCAAUUGAAUUUGCUAAAUCAUUUGAGGAAACAAGUUCUUCUACGCCUAUAUUCUUUAUCUUAAGUCCUGGAGUGGAUCCAUUGAAGGAUGUUGAAUCUCUUGGCUCCAAAAUGGGCUACAGUAUGGAUUUGAAGAACUUCCAUAAUGUAUCCUUGGGGCAGGGCCAGGAGGCUGUGGCCGAAGAGGCCAUGGACACAGGGGCUACAAAUGGCCACUGGGUUGUUCUUCAGAACAUCCAUCUGGUUAAAAAAUGGCUGCCUUCUCUGGAGAAGAAGUUGGAAAUCUAUGGUCACAGUGCUCAUGAAAAUUUUCGAAUGUUCAUGAGUGCCCAACCAGCCUCAACUCCAUCUGCCCACAUCAUCCCGCAGGGAAUUUUGGAAUCAUCGAUCAAAAUAACUAACGAACCUCCAACAGGAAUGUUGGCAAAUUUACAUAAGGCGCUGAAUAAUUUUAAUCAGGAAACUUUAGAAAUGUGCAGUAAGGAAGGAGAAUUUAAGUCUAUUGUGUUUGCAUUAUGCUACUUUCAUGCUGUUGUUGCUGAAAGACGUAAAUUUGGGCCCCAAGGAUGGAAUAAAGUUUAUCCAUUUAAUGUUGCAAAUCCCAAAGUGCCUUGGGAAGACUUGAGAUAUUUGUUCGGAGAAAUUAUGUAUGGAGGUCACAUCACAGAUGACUGGGAUAGAAAACUAUGUAUUUCUUACUUAGAAGAACUUAUGCAGCCAGGAUUGGUAAUGCCUCCAGAAUCACCUUAUCUUUAUGGUCUUCAUCCAAAUGCGGAAAUUGGAUUUCUGACUACGACUGCUGAGAACUUGUUCCGCACAGUAUUUGAGAUGCAGCCUCGAGAUGCUGGUGCCUCUGGAGGGGCUACAGUCACAAGGGAAGAUAAGGUCAAACAAAUUGUUGAUGAAAUUUUAGAAAAACUUCCUGAUCAAUUUAACAUGGUUGAAAUAAUGGGAAAAGUUGAAGAACGUACACCGUAUGUGAUAGUAGCCUUUCAAGAAUGUGAACGAAUGAAUAUAUUGACAGGAGAAAUGAAGAGAUCACUCAAAGAACUGGACUUAGGUCUUAAGGGAGAAUUAACCAUUACAUCAACAAUGGAAGAGCUUGAAAAUGCCUUAUUUUUGGAUCAAGUACCUGGUAUAUGGUCUGUGAGGGCAUAUCCUUCCCUCUUGGGUCUAACGUCUUGGUUUGCAGAUCUUGUUCUGAGGAUCAAAGAACUUGAAAUCUGGUCUUCUGAUUUUGUGCUUCCUGGUUCAGUUUGGUUAUCAGGAUUUUUCAACCCACAGUCUUUCUUAACAGCUAUUAUGCAAUCAACAGCUCGCAAAAAUGAACUCCCUCUGGAUAGAAUGUGCCUUCAAUGUGAUGUUACUAAAAAGCAGAAAGAAGAAUUCAGACCUAAAGAGCUGUUCCCAUCUUUGCCAGUUAUCAAUGUUAAGGCUUUAACUCAAGAUAAACAAGAUCUGAGGAAUACAUAUGAAUGCCCUCUCUACAAGACUCGGACUCGAGGACCAACCUAUGUGUGGACAUUUAAUUUGAAAACUAAAGAUAAACCAUCAAAAUGGACAUUAGCAGGUGCUGCAAUUUUAUUGCAGAUUUAAAUAUGAAUGAUAAGGUAAUUAGAGAGCCUGCAUUUGAGUUUUUCAAAAAGACUAAGUCUUAAGAUUUUAUUUGGGGAAGAUGAUCUCUCUGAAUAAUAUGUCUUGAAGAGUAAGCAAAUCUACUAGAUAGAAUUUGAUGAGAGGGACAUCUAAAGAGGAAGUAUAAUUUUUUAUCAAAUUUUAAAACUUAUGACACCAUAUACCUUCUCUCUUUAUUUUCUUUUAUAUCUGUUUUCAUCCUACUGGAGAGAAGUGAAGGAAAUUGAGUCUAGAUGAGGAGACAAGAUAUUCACUAUAUUUGUUGUUUUCUUCCAAAUGUUAUUUCUUGGAAACUUAUGAUAUUUUCAGUUAAAUAUUCAGUUAUAUGAAACUUUUGCUUUCGAAACUGGCUCACUCCAAGACUUACCAAAAUUUACUUUCGUGUGAAAUUUAAAGGAAUGUACUUAGAGUCCACCUUGUUCGCAACUAAAAUUUGCUGAACACAUCCCAUUCAAGUCAAACCAUUUGUAUACGUGAGAAGAAUAAGGUACAGACAUUUCUGUUUCAAUUGUAAAAUUUCUGUAAAUUAAACGAGCUGGUUUUCAUUGCAAAUGUCUCACAUAUGUUAAAUAAAGAUAAAGGUGUAUUCUUUUUAGUUUUCAGAGAUAAUGCUAGUUAUUUAGAUUUGUUGAAAAAUUAUUUUUUUAAUUGUUAUAGAAUUCUUUAUGGUGUGUUAAAUAUAGAUAAAGAUGUAUUCUAUUUAUUUGAUAGGGAUGAUAUUGAAAAUGAGUUAGAAAUGUUUUAAAAAUGUUAUUUCUUGAAAAGUUAUGUUAUAUAUUGCUAUAUAAAUAGUUAAUAUAUGGUACGUUAUCUGAUAUAUUCUAUUUAUUUGGUAGAGAUGGUAAUGACGAUGAAUUAGAAAUGUUUUAAAAAUGUUAUUUGUAAAAAAAAAAAUGUUUUGCAUAGUUAAAGGAAUAGUUAAUAUAUGUUAAAUAAAGAUAAAGAUAUAUUAAUUUAAUUAGUAGAGAGGAUAAUGCAGAUAAAUUAGAAAUAAAUUUAAAAUGUUACUUGUUGAAAGAUUAAAUUAUGUAUAAUUAAAUUUAAAAUCUAUUGUGUAAAAGAAUGGUCCA